AUGAAUAAUCCGGGGCAGGCAGGGCAAGCCCAAGGCCAGCAACCAGGAGGGCAAUCGCAACAGAACCAACCGAGACGGGCUGGACCACCAUUAUACAAACCAGAGCAGAUGCGAGGGCUCCCGGAAGCUUUCGCAGCUGAGAAAGAGAAAUGGGAACAGGGCCUGAGACAACUUUGGACCACAGUUCAAGGAAAUGCGCCAGAAACCCCUCAACAUCAGGAUGCGAAACGAAGGCUCUUUGAAUUCUCGAAGAUGUUGACAAACAAAUUGCAGACGUACAGGAUGCAGCAGCCCCAGGGAGCUGGAGGAGUUAGGCCACAAACCCAAGGACAACCAUCACAAUCACAAGAAGCAAAUGGUCCAGCACAAGCGGGUCUGACUGCCGAGCAGCAGCAGCAGAGGCAGAAGUCUCAAGUAACUACUAAGGUUAUGGAGCACGUGAAUAGUUUUCCAUAUGUUCCGCCAUCUAGCCUCACCGCGGGCACCCCAGAAUAUGUAAAGUGGAUCCAGGAAGCAAAACAGAGAUAUCUCAAAGGUCUGGUAGCAAUGGAACAAGCGACAACGAGACUGGCUGCUCUAGAAGGCAUGUUCCAGAAAAGACAAGCGGACGGGAAGCCGCUGAGCCCAGAGGAGGAAAAAGAUUACAAGGACAAAAAGGAACAGCUCUCCAAGGCACAUGCAGAGGCCAAAACCUUCGUGGACAACUUCCGGCAAUCGCAAAGAAGUCUAGCUGCAAACUCAAAUCAACAAGGAGCAGGUGCGCAACAGAAAACGGUUGGAAAUACCGGUGGUAUUGGAAGCAACACGGUCGCUCCACCACCUGCGCGGCCACAGGUGAAUCCUCAACAGGCUCCAAAUCCUGCUCUCCAAAACACUCAGACGAUCAACGCUGCGAUUGAAGUGGCAAAGAACCAGCAGUUCAACGUUCCACGGCCAUCGGUUCCUCAGAACAAUUCCUCGAAUCAAACUCCCCAAAUGCCAUCCCAAAACGCACCUGCGCAACAGGCAAAUCUGCAACAACCUAAUAUUAAAAGUGAAGCCGGGGGCACCUAA